UCUCCUGUUUUGACAGUUCAUGACGCGAAAAGAUCAAAAAAAAGUCGAGAACCAAAACGAACAGGAAAAAGUAAAUAAAUAAUUCGAUCUCAUCAAUUAUUCAACGAAAAAUAUCGGUUCAGACAAUUUUCUUGUUCUGUGAAUGAAAACUAUUCAAAGAAAACUGUCCCACUAAAAGUCUCUUCGUACCAGCACGGAAUAAUUGUAAAAUGGGACGACGCAAAGCGAAAAAUAAGCCUCCACCGAAACGGAAAGCUAUUCAGCCUUUAGACGUUCAAUUUAAUUGUCCUUUCUGCAACCAUGAAAAAUCGUGCGAAGUGAAAAUGGACAAAAGUCGAAAUUCGGCGCGGAUAACGUGCCGGGUCUGUUUGGAGGAAUUUCAGACGGCAAUCAAUUUCCUAUCGGAGCCAAUCGAUGUCUACAAUGACUGGGUUGAUGCGUGUGAAACAGCUAAUUAAAUUUUUACUUGUGUGUAAGGUAAUCUAAGACAGAUGAUUUGUACUAAAUUUAAGAGGAGACCACAAAUUCGAGAAUAAUGUUGAAUUUUUGAAUAAAACAAUAAAUAUUAUGUCAUUGCCACA